UUUGGCCUGUACGCACGGUUUCACGCUAGGAAAUUACCCACAGUUCUCGCAGCCUCUCACUUGAGUCGGCUCCAGCCUCUGUUAAGUUGGCGUGCGCUUAAAGGACCCUCAGGCCGAGGGACACAAUAUCUCUGCAGCACGCGCUGUUCACUGGAGACGCGUCACGCACACAAAAAUGGCCACGAAGAACCCCUUAGGCACGGCCCUCAUCGACGACCUCCCGCCCGAAGAGGUCCCGUCGGGGAACAGCGGCUACGCGCCGCCGCCCGUCUCCUACGCGCCGCCACCGAGAAGAAACUUCAUACAAGCCUUCCUCCAGCAGCACAUUAUCGUGCUCUACCUCAUGUCCUUCGUGGGCUUUGUCAUCGCCUGCUCGGCGAUGUCGAAGGUUAAUGGUAUAGCAGCCAAUAGAAACGGCAACGGGCCGAAGCCGGGCCCGGACGGCCGGGGCAAGGGCGGCGGCGGCGGCAAGCAGAGCCACUGGCUGGACCGGUGCCAGUACAUGGGCGAAGCUUUAUAUGGCGAUCCCGUCUAUGAAUACAACGGCCACCACUACCAGAUCGUGGGCGGCAACUGGGCGCAGAUCACGUGGCGCCAGGCCGAGAUGGAUGCUUGGGGGAGAUGCUAUGGCGGUGUCCCAGGGUACCUCGCCACGGUCGACGACGCGGCCGAGAACGCGUUUCUGCUCGGGAAGAUGCUGGCCCACCAGGGCUUCGCGUCGGGCAACGCCGGCUGGAUCGGGGCCAACGACAUGACGAACGAGGGGACCUUCGAGUGGCUGGACGGUUUUAAGGGCGGCAGCGUCUUCUAUCGAGAUGGGCAGCCGGUCGCGGGCGCUUACAGCAACUUUGCGGAAGGAGAACCGGACGAGAACGGCGAGGAGGACUGCGUCGAGAUGUACGCGACGGGCCAGUGGAACGACGACAGUUGCUACAAGCGGCGCCAGUUCUUCUUCGUCGAGUACGACGCGUGAUCGUUCUUCCCUUCCCUGUAUCCUGAUGAUGAUUAAGUACGCCUCCCUUGUA